AUGGAGCUGUUCAAGCUUUGCCCUACGCCCCCUCCGGAGCAUUCUGAAGAGGAUAACUCUGCCUCGGCCAUUGAUAUUCCAUUAGAUAUCCAUGGCUGUGGAUUGUUGGACGAGAAAGCGAAAGAGAUCACCGAUACUGAAAAGAAGAGAGUGGAAGAGCUGAUGCAGCAGUUCACUAAAGGCUUCGACCCUGGCCUCUUUCCCAGAGAGGUCGUAACCAGCCUUUCCCUGCUAUCUGACAAGCUUUUCCCCGGAUCGUAUGCUCACUUAUCAAUCAUUCUGCUCGAGAACUGUGGCAAGAUGCAGGGAAUCCAGGCAACUUUGGAGAAAUGGCUUCGUGAGCGUUACAAACGCUGGGCAAUUACACAUCCCGAUAAUACUAGUAUCACCGACGAGACGUUCUUCGGCGCCGAGCUCGAGAUGUUGAGAAAGCUGUUGGCGCCUUUGCGUGGAGAGGAUGCUACGCGUGUCUACUGGAUGAACUCCAGAUAUCCUCAUAUUGUGAAGGUGUGCCAGCAACUCGAGGCAUCGGUGAAAGUCAUUGAGGAAUUCAAGCAAGACAUUCUCCGAGCAAUCAAAUCAAAAGAUGAGCACAAAACUAUUUACAACCCUCUCCCUGUAUCCCAAGAACGAGCAGCAAUGAUGAGCAUGAGGGACAUUCGACUCCGCGCGUGCAGGGCUUCCCUGAGCUGGGAUGGCUUUUCAGAGUCCGAUAUCGAGCUUACCGUGUUUCAUCAGUACUACAAAAACCACCUAGCAAGAGCAGACCCAGCGAAAGCGCGCGCAUCUGGCUGGCUGCCACCAUCGUCGCCGAGAACCCCUCGCGCAUCUGCCGAGGAAGCGGAACCGGGGGACUUGGCUCAUUGGUCAUCUGAGGACUCCAGCAAUGUAUCUCUCAACCUGAUGCUCAAAACGGCGCUGUGGCUGAGUGUAGCAAGAGGAUUAGCUGCCGUACAUCUCUUCUGUGAUAUCGCCAGACAAUUCACCAUCCACAAACCUUCAGCGAGGGCCGAUGACAGUUACAUUUCUUAUUUGCAGCAUCUUACUCAGAUCAGGAUCUCGGUAGAUGGGGUUCGAUCACGUCGCUCUACACCUUUCCCCUACCGUGACGAGGCCUUAUCCCGCUGCAACCCAGACUACUUCGGUGAUGUGUGGCGAUCCAGCCAGAGCUUGACAGCUGAUCUUGUCGGGAGUGUGUCUUUCUACAAAGGGCCUGAUGAGAGCUUCAAUCUAUCAGAAGCCUCGCUCCCUCGCCGUUCUUUCCGCAAAGAGAUGCGCACACUCGAACAGACUGUUGCGAUCCAGGGAAGCCUAGCUGGGACAUCGUCUCUGGUGGAUGUUCGUCCAAGGGGAAGACAUAUCCUUGGAAAUGACCUGAAGGGCAGGAUUGAGGCUCCACAGCCAACACGCCUUCCAGCCACAGUCCCUGCCCUAACCCGGUCAAUAGAACGAACCACCUUGACAGAUGCUCAUGAACGUUGUGUCGUCAAGCCGGUUACAGCAAUACACAACAAGCAGCCCGAGAACACAUGA